UUGACCUUGUCGAGAUGAUUAGAAUUACGUUAAGAUCAACUUGAUAUCUUUAAAUAGCAUUAUCUGGUUUUUUUUUAAGACAAAUUGAUCUCUUCAGUCAUUCUGAAUAUAAAAAUAUAAGAGUUAAAACGUCGAAAAUUUCGCAAAGUAUCAAUAACCGGAUCCAAGUUAAUCGAAGAACUGAUAGGCGGCAAGAAAUGUGACAGGAAAUUUGAUCGAUACCUUGAGAUACCGUGCACCCCCACUCGUGCAAUAUUCCUCGCCGUGUAUUACGCGACGGACUCUACAUCUGGAUACUAAUUUUCAGUUGCUUCGAGACUUACUUCGUUGUACACACAAGCUAGUAAGCGAUAGCGGUAUUCCUGCGGUAUACAUACAUUUUCCAUUGUUCUGUCGUCGUGUCGAGCUUCUCCUUCGUCGGAUAUGUGCCUGGAAUAUUUGUCCCGGUAUACCUCAGUGCGUAAUCAUCAUUAGUCUGAUCGCGGUCGAUGGAAUCAGUAAAUUGCGGAUCAGUAAACUACCCGAUCCGCAAACUGCCAGGCAACGAGAGCGAUAGAGAACGGGAAUUAUUGAGAGAGGCAGUUCGAAAUGUUUCGUCGUAUUAUGUAAUGCCACUCUGACAAAAAGUGAUGCACGUUAAACGUUGACAAGCACGGCGUGCAUAAACAAAUCAGAUUUCAGCGACUCGAAUUGCGGCCGAAGAUUUACGAAGCGUUCCUGUUAUCGCCGUUAUAUCUGCCGUACGAUCGCGAUGAGAUUGUCGAGUGUCUAAGUGCGAAAAUUCUGCCGACACUCUCAUUGACACAGGAAUGAUCAUUGUUUCUUUUGUGUACCUCGCGGAGACAACAUAUUUUCUCAGUUCGCGUCAAACGCGACGAAAGAACGACGAAAGAACGACGAAAGAACGAUACGUUUUAACAACACGUGCAUCGUGCAGUGAAGUGUGCAGCGGCGAACCAUGUCUGGCAAAGUGAAUCAAGCGUUUGAUGACAACCAAUUGGAGGAGUUGGAGAGUGGCCGCCGGAAAAGCGAAACCGUCAAAGAUGUUGCUUCUCAUCGCGAGCCGAGCAGCUAUUGGACGGCGAAACGCGAGACGAUCGAGGCUUUCCUCUCGAAAUACCGAAGGGCCCUCAAGACCUGCGGCGUGAUAUUCUUGACCUUUCUCUUCCUAGCCUACAUCAUCUACGCGGGCAUAUAUUGGAGAAGCACACCCUCGGGAGAGCGAUGCGAAUUCGGAUGGUGCGGUGGUUACGGCAUGCUGCUCAUAAUCGUGGCGAUCGUUUGCAUCGGCCUGUUCUACUACUUGAUCGUAAAACCGUAUUUCGGAAAGAGCAUCGUGCAAUGCUGCCGGCCGAUAAAGAGUCCCUUGAUCCGUUUACGAGAUACCAAAUACGGCUCACGAUUCGGAGGACCAAUCUUCUGUUUGAUCGUGUUCAUCGCCAUUGUUAUUUUCCUCAUUAUCGACACUGCAGACUCGAGAGAGAGAUUAAUUAGCGGCCUCGGCGUUAUCGUCAUACUGGGACUCGGAUGGAUAUUCUCCAAAUAUCCGGGACAGAUCAACUGGAGACCUAUUAUCUUCGGCCUGUUUCUGCAAUUUGCGUUUGGACUCAUCACGAUUCGAUGGCCCGUCGGACGUAGCAUCUUUCAGUGCGUGUCUGACAAAGUAGCCAUCUUUUUGGACUUCGCUAAAGCCGGCGCCAGAUUCGUGUUCUCGGAGGAUUUGGUCAACAAGGGAGUUUUCGCAUUCGCCGUGUUGCCCGUGAUCUUUUUCUUUAGUUUCAUAGUGCAAGUCUUGUCGUAUAUCGGCGUUAUUCAAUGGGUCAUCUUGAAACUAGGAUGGGUUUUGCAAACAAUAAUGGGCACGACUCUGUGUGAGUCGAUAAACGCCGUCGCCAACCCUUUCAUCGGCAUGUCGGAGUCUCCCCUGCUGAUCAAACCGUACCUGAACAAGCUGACGUCCUCGGAGCUCCACGCCAUAAUGUGCUCGGGAUUUGCCACGGUUUCUGGUUCGAUAUUGGCCGCUUACAUCUCGUUCGGCGCGCAACCGGUCUACCUGAUCACCGCCUCCGUGAUGUCCGCGCCCGCGUCUCUGUGCUACGCCAAGCUCUUUUACCCGGAGAUCGAGCAGAGCCAAACCAAGUUCGAGAACCUGAAGCUCGAGAAAUCAUCGGACACCAGCAUCAUGGACGCUGCUACUAACGGCGCGCUAGCCGCGCUCCCGAUCGUCUUGGGCAUAACCGCGAACAUCGUGGCCUUCGUGGCUUUCAUCACGUUUUUCAAUGCCAUACUUUCCUGGUUUGGCGGCCUCGUCGGUUACGACGCUCUAUCUCUCGAGAUCAUCUUGGCGAAAGUAUUUAUGCCGCUGAGCUGGGUCAUGGGUGUCCCUUGGGAGCAGUGCGAGGACGUGGCUACAUUGAUAGGCCUCAAGACAGUGGUGAAUGAAUUGGUCGCCUACCAGAGGAUGGGCGAGUUCAAGAAGCAGGGCAGGAUAUUCGGGAGGUCCGAAACGAUCGCCACGUUCGCGAUCUGCGGCUUCGCGAAUCCCGGAUCGAUCGGUAUCACGAUCGGCUGUCUCUCCUCUUUGGCGCCGGAGAAGAAGGAGCAAAUCACCGGUGCCGUGGUGCGAGCCUUCUUCGCCGGCAGCGCCGUCUGCUUUCUCACCGCCAGCAUCGCCGGCAUGCUGGUCGACAACAUCACGCUUUCCAAUUCCACGGUCACGAUGAUACCAAACGUCACCACAACUACGAUGCCGGGUGUUUCAUUAUUGAAUCAAUUCAAAAGAUCAUGAUUGUAAUUAAGAGUUACGGUACUUUAAGUCCGGAUGAAACGCGUUCACCGAUCGUAUCGUCUUGGGGAUUCUCGCUCUGGGAAAUAACGGCAAUCCCUAAAGAACUCGACCCUCGCGAAUUAAGUAGUAAGCGUUAAUUUAAGCAGACAGCGAUAUGGAUGAAGAAGAGUCAGUAGUUAUUUUAUUACGUUCCCUCGCUUAAUCGUUGUAAUUAUCAUUUUUAUACAAUACUGUUAUAGAAACAUCGAAAUACAGAUUGUAAAUAAUACGAUCAUGCGAGAUCAUCGGUUUGACCGGAAAAAGAAUGACGCAAUGCUCAGACUUGUUCGUGUGGCGAAAUGAAUUUUACGCGCACGCGCUUAGCUAAAGUGACCAGGGCUGCGUUCCGAAAUUCAGUGCUGAAAUUCUAUAUUAUACGUGACAUGAACUAUAGAUUUUCAGUAUUGGCAGUGAAUUUUGAAACACAAGCCAGAUCAUCUUAUAAAAAAGUAAUAUACUUAUUGUAGUACAUAUGUGCCUACUAUUUGUACAUCGCCCGCGUGUACUUAAAAUUGUAAAUAUCGCUCGUAAAAGAAUACGUAUUCUCAAAA